AUGAAUAUCCCGGCCUCCAUCCCACCCUCGCUCACCCUACACCACUCAGAACUCAUCCAGGCCAUCUCAGCAACACUCAUCCUCAGACCCAUCCUACUCCUAUUCGAACACAGCCCACUCCUCAUCCACUCCGCCACUGCCAUCCUAUCACUCUCCUGCUGCCUCAUCAGCCAACCCAGCCUACCACUCUCACUACUCACCAUCUACCUCUGCGCCGAAUCAGCCUUCCAUCUCCUCUUCCUCCACAGAUACCGCCAGCUCCACCAGACCAAACUCAACCUGCUCCCUCCCCCGAUACCCUCGGCUGCUCUGCGUCAACAGAUCGUCGAUGGCCUCAUCUCAAGCUUCCAGUCCUCCUCAGAAUUCAGACAAUCACUUGCUGACUGGUUCUACCACAUCCACACACUCAAAGCCGUCCAUCUCCACCAGAUCCAUCACGACAACCUCGCCCAACUACUCGCCUCUCUCAUCUUCUCCACCCCACUAGACAGCCUUCCGCCCGUCCAUCGUGCCGAAAUUCACGCGGAUAUCCGCAGGACUCAGCUCGCCAUCAAGCACGUCUUCAAACAAGGGCUCAACCCCCAAAUCCGCUCCUACCAACACACCCUCGACCCCAUCCAAGCCCAACAUCGCCCGCUCUUCUUCUACCUCAUCAUCGAGUCCCUCCGCAUCCUCCUCCACCUCCUCCUCUCCCUCGUCGGCUUCCGUCGCCACUCUAUCCCCCUCAACCAGACCUCCUUCUCCUACUGGUUCCAUCCCGGCCUCUCCAACCCCUCUUCAGCUCAGCAUCCUCCCAUCAUCCUCGUCGCUGGUAUCGUCGGUCUGAUCUCUGUCCCUCAUUACGCGAUCUAUCUGCUCUGGAAAACGCGACGGCCGAUCUUUCUAGUCGGGAACCUGAGUGUUUCGUUGACUCUGAGCAAGCCGGAGCUCGACCUCGUCCGGGUGGUUCGGGAGACUGUCAAUAACGAGGACGCGCCGGUCUACCGCCGCAAGAUCCAGACCCUGGCCGAACAAUCUCUCUGUCUGAAAGCCAUGCUCGACCGUCACCGCUUCCCUCCGCGCUCCAAUGAGCACAAAGAUACAGACCAGCCGCAGGCCGGCGGCGCGUUCCUCAUCGGCCACAGUCUCGGCACCUGCUUGACCGCUCACUUCGUCCGCCAUCAUCCCCAAUACGUCGUCGGCACUCUCUCCAUCGAUCCCAUCUCGGUCCUGCCCUACAUCCCUGACCUGUCUGACGGUCUUUUCAUCUCUAAGGUCCGAGGAUUCCUAUACACCGAGCCCAAGACGGUUGGGCAAUUAUUGGUGCGAGUGAUUUCGCAGGAGAUCGGAGUGGCGACGGUGAUCCAACGCCACUUCCACUGGUUCGAGUUUGUGAUGUUCCCGCAUCUAGACCAGCCCGGCUCUCCGCUGGGCGUCUCCGCAAGCCAUCGGCACCACUUCGUCCUCUCCGAACACGACGCGCUCGUCAACCAUGCUCAACUGGCUCGAUACCUUGCCAUGGCCAGACCCAAUUGCACCUUCACCUCUCUCGAAGCCGCGCCGCAUGCCGGCUUCCUCUUCUUCUAUCUCCGGCCCGUCGUCCAUCUUUCGCUCGCCCUCCUCGCCUCCUCUUCCCCCCACCCUUCUUGUCCACACCCUCCCAGUCCUCCUCUUCCUCUUCCUUCUUCUUCCUCCCCGGCUGAUCUCAAACUGCAUCCCAAACCCAGUCACAAACCCAAGCCGUCCUUCUUCCGUACCCUCUUCUCUAACCCCUUCGUCCCCCUGUGGACCUCUUCUUCCGACCACCUUAAUGCCCACUUGUCCGUCUACUGGCUCCUGCUCUUCUUCGUCCUCCUUGUCGGACUGCCCUCCUAA